ACCCGCCUCACUCCCUACCUUCGUCGCAUCACCAAUGGCGAUGGGUGGCUAAAAAAAAAAGAGUCCAAUCUCCCCGCACACCCCUCCUCAGUCCCCAUGGCUCCCCUCGCCUCCCCUCCUCUCCCCUCACCCGCCCCCGCCCCUCGCUUCCUCGCCGGGCCUCCACGCCUGCCCAGCGCGACGCCGUCCGCGUCCCCGCUGCUCUUCUCCGCCUCCGCCCCCGCCCGCUUCCCCAGUACCCCGCGCUCUCCCCGCAACGCCGCACGCGAGCGCCGGCGCGACACCGUGCGGGCAUGCUCUCAAGCUGAUUCUGCUGCUGCUGCACCAGCUCCGUUCUCAAAGACACUGUCAGACCUCAAGGAUUCCUGCUGGAGAUUUCUGAGGCCACAUACAAUUCGAGGAACUGCUUUGGGAUCCAUAGCUUUGGUUUCUAGAGCCUUGAUAGAGAAUUCCCAUCUGAUAAAUUGGUGGUUGGUAUUCAAAGCAUUCUAUGGGCUUGUAGCGUUAAUCUGCGGCAAUGGUUACAUAGUUGGGAUUAAUCAGAUCUACGACAUAGCUAUUGACAAGGUAAACAAGCCAUAUUUACCCAUUGCUGCCGGUGAUCUCUCAGUUCAGUCAGCAUGGUUGUUGGUAAUAUUAUUCGCAGCUGCAGGAUUUUCAAUCGUUGUGUCGAACUUUGGGCCUUUCAUCACCUCUCUAUACUGCCUUGGCCUAUUUCUUGGGACUAUAUAUUCGGUUCCUCCAUUCAGACUGAAGAGAUAUCCAGUUGCUGCUUUUCUUAUCAUUGCAACGGUUCGUGGUUUUCUUCUCAACUUUGGUGUGUACUAUGCUACUAGGGCUGCACUAGGUCUUACAUUCCAAUGGAGCUCUCCUGUUGCUUUCAUUACAUGCUUCGUGACACUAUUUGCUUUGGUCAUUGCUAUAACCAAAGAUCUCCCUGAUGUUGAAGGGGAUCGCAAGUACCAAAUAUCAACUUUGGCAACAAAGCUAGGUGUCAGAAACAUUGCCUUCCUUGGCUCUGGUUUGUUGGUAGUAAACUAUAUUGCGGCUAUUGUUGUCGCUUUUCUCAUGCCUCAGGCUUUCAGGCGUACUGUAAUGGUUCCUGUGCAUGCUGUCCUUGCUGCUGGUUUAAUUUUCCAGACAUGGGUUCUGGAGCAAGCAAAGUACAGUAAGGAUGCUAUUCCGCAGUACUACCGGUUCAUUUGGAAUCUCUUUUAUGCUGAAUAUAUCUUCUUCCCUUUAAUAUAGAGAGGUAGAGACCUGGCAGUCCAGCAUCGGCGACAGCCUAAAUGACGGGAGAACCAAAACUGUAAGAACUUGGCAAAAACAGGGAGUCAAACUAUAUGCCAGCCAAGGGAAGAUAACUAGUAGGUAGUUUUUUUUUUGUACCUAUGAAGCGUAAGCAUUGUUGUGCAUAUCUUGAUUUGGAGGCAAUAAAGCAGUGAUGCUACAAGGAUCCUGAAGGUGUUCUAGGAUCUGUGGAAGCUGGCUCUGAUGAGUUACUGUUGUAUCCAAUAGAAAUAAUUCUCUGUAGGGUCUUAGGUCUUGUUUGGGAGGGCUUUAACAUAGGUUGGAAGUCCAUGGAAGUUUACGCUCCUAUCUGAAACAAGUAGUGCUGGAACGGUCAAUAUGAGGAAGUUUUUUUUCCUGCCCGUUUCGUUUUAAAAAAAUGAAGCUUCUUUUUAUACUGCUGCUCAAGGUUAAGCUCUCAUUAACAGACUAGGGAUUAAAGUAUACUCUUGCUGCAUAUAUUUCUUGAGCUUCAGCGUAUGCAUUAUCAUCAGUCCUUUUGUUCUCAAACACUAGAAACUUUGCCACGUGCAUACUUGUAAACUUGUAAAUUCUCUUACAACAAGCUUAUAUACUGCUGAACUUUCUAGCCUGA